CCAACUUCAUCGUCUCUCGACUCUCGACUCUCACUCUCAUCACUCACAGCCGCCGCCAGCCCAACAACCGCCUCUCUUUUGCUCCGUCGCCACACUGCCGGCAGCUAAUUACCGUCCAUUCUCCCACCGUAUCGUUGUCCACUUCGUCCUGUAACUCAGUUCUCAACAAUGGUUACAGACGUAACUAAAAAGCCUAAAGGUUCAGCACCCAUAGCAGCACCACCUCGCAAAAUUAAUGUGCCGAAGUUUGCAGAAGCCCGUGCCUCUGAGCUUCAGAGCCUUCAAUGUAUCGUUGAAAAUAGAUUAAGCAAUGAUUAUAAGUCUCAAAGGAACAAGAGAAGAAGAACAACAUCAUUUAAUGACCAAAUUGCAAGAAAGGGGCACAGAAGAAAGAGGCAAAAGCUGGGAAGAGUUGAUAAAGCGAAUGUUGAAUCGCGUUUGAAGAAGGACGAUAUAACACAGCUUCCUCGACAUGUUCGUCGAAGAUAUGAACUUAAGAGUAACCCUGAGAAUGGGUUUUGCACUUCUGGGGGUGGAACCAAGAGGCUGAGAACACAUGUUUGGCAUGCAAAGCGAUUUUCCAUGACCAAGCUGUGGAGUUACCACCUUCCUCUGGGUCUUCAAGGAAGAGGGAAAGGUUCAAGGGCGUUGUUGAGAAAGCUCAAACAAGGAGUGCUGGCUCACGAUGCCAGCUAUUACUCUGCUGUUCAAUUGGAAGGUCCAGAGGAUUCGUUAAUUUCAAUAUUAAGAACGGUACUUGUGCCCUCUCCCAUAGAAGUAACACAUCCCAGAAAUCAUGAUGAUUCUGUUCUUUCUGGUACAACCUAUGGAACAGCAAUGCUUCAUCAAGUUGGAGCACCAGUUUCUCAGGCAAUCGCUCCUGUAACUUAUAUGUGGCGACCAGCUUUCCAAGAAAAUAUCACAGACCUAGGUGUUAGUGAUGAAAAAAUUAUUCUUGAUGUUGAUUUAUGUGACAAAUCAGAAAGAAUGGAUUGUAGCUCUUCUUUUAGACACCUUUGGGUGUGGAUACAUGCUUCUGCCUUUGAAGAAGGAUAUGCUAAUCUAAAACUGGCCUGCCAGAAAGAGUUGGAAAAGAGAGGCAUCUCGAUCAAUUGUUCUUCUCUUGAGGGUCAACUUGCAAAAUUAGAAUUAAUUGGAUCAGGGACAUUUCGACUUCUUCAAAAGAUAUUGCAUCCUGUUAGAAGCUUAUGUUUGCGUGACAGUAUUUCAGAAAAUCAUUGGCAGUUAAGGAAACACGUGACUACAGAAGAAAACCAUGUUUCUCAAAAUACAGAGCCUUCCAUACUGAAAAAUGAGGAGCAUUUCUCUUGUCGUGCAAUGUUAUCUCUUACUGUUAAGGAUCCUCGGGAUUUACCUGUGAAAAAGACGGUUGUUCCAAUAGAGCCAAUUUCAACUAAGGCUCUAAGUGAUGCACAAGAAACUAGUUGCAAAGAGCUUGCUGAUUUGGGAGGAAUGUUGGAAAAGAAUAAAGAUUUUGGAGACAACCAGUCUGAUGUUGAUGAUCUAUGGUAUGCUACAACCAGAGGCUUGAAGCCUCCAGUGGAAGACAGUGUCCUUUCUAUGGAGAAGCAUCGUAAACGCAUGGUUAAAUUCUGCCUAGAUGACAUGAACUUUGGGGAGGCGAACUCUUCCAAAGUGCAGUGCUCAAGAUCUUGCCCUAUUCUGCUUUUAAAAAAUGAUUUGAAGGAAUCAACCAUGGGAUGGUCUAUUAUACUUCCCUUAAGUUGGGUUAAAGCCUUCUGGAUUCCACUUGUCUCUAAUGGGGCACAUGCAAUAGGUUUGCGAGAGAAGCAGUGGAUUGCAUCUGAUACGGGGAUACCAUUUUUCCCUCAAGAUUUCCCGGAUUGCAAGGCAUACUCACGCUUCAUGGCAGCUAAAGCUGCUGAAUGUGAUCAAAAGGAAGAACUUUGUCCUCCUUCUGUAAGAAAUUUGAGAGUUCCCAUCCUGCCUCCUUGGCGUAUUGUUCACAAUACUUUCAACAAAGAGAUUAGCAAUAUGGAGACUCUUGACCUUUCAGCUAGGGAAGAUUUGACCAAUGCUAAUUCCUUGUCCAACUCUUGCCCUGGCAACUCUAAAAUUUCAAAUUUCGACUCUGAGAAUGCAUUUGAUGGAACUGUAGCAAGGACAGGUUGUAUGCUGACUACUUUACUCGAUGAAACCAAAACUGGUCGUUUGCUGUUAUUUCCUUAUGCAGCAGAUGGAAAGGCCAGAAUCUCUAAGUUUAUUAAGGGAGAAAUAAUGCUUGAUACAAGGCAUAAAAGUUCUAUCAUUUAUGACCGUAAGCUAUAUUUUAUAAGAGUUCAUCUUCAGCCAUUCAAGGAAGGCUUUUUUGAAGAGGGUGCAGUUAUUUGUGCGCCACAUCCUUCUGAUAUAUCUUUAUGGACUUUAAGUUCAGUGAAAAGUGAAGUGGGACUUAAACUGUCUGAGUCUGCUAUGCGAUCAUAUUUCAAAGAGAAUUCCUCCGGUGAAUGGGGAAUGCAGAUACCAGAUGAUUCAGUUGGUAGAGAGUCUCACCGGUGGCCUAUUGGCUUUGUUACGUCAGCUUGUGUUCAAGGAAGCAAGAGGCUUGCAGCAGAGGGAUUUUGUGAGGCAGUUUUACUAUCUCAUUUAAGAGAGGAACAGUGGAAGGAAAUGCCCGUGAAUCAGAGGAGGAGCGAAAUAUACAUACUUGUCAGGAAUUUAAGAUCUGUAGCUUAUAGGCUAGCUCUUGCUUCUAUUGUCUUAGAGUAUCAGCAAAAUGACACUGAGUUCUUGUAAAUUGAUUUUUUGUUGGAUUAAACUAUGGAUGUUACAUUGCUACAAAUAGGGCCAAAUUGGUAAAUAUUCCUUAUUAGAAAAAGGGAAAAUCAACAACAUAGAGAAAAAUAGGUUACUUUUAUUUUUUAUAAAUAUUUGUACGAUCAAAACAUUUGAAAUUAUAUGUUUUUUUUUUAGUUA